AUGUCGGUAAAGUCUGAAUCGUCAAACGACAAUGGAAGUACUACUUCAGGUGCCGAACCUGUUCAAUUUUCAACGUCGCCACAACAACGCUCUGAAUCACCAGUAGCGCACCAAUCGACUCCAGUGACAGAUGAAGGAUCAGAAAACGACAAUCAACAACAAGAGAUGGGGGUGAAUUCAGAAGAAUCAUCCAUCAAAUCUACCUCAGAAGAAGAGGAUGAUGUACCGCAACCAUUUCAAGGCAUUGAUUUGGAACAAGGUGACCCCAAGACUAGAGUGGUUGAUACAGCUCUUGAUCAAGAUUACCCUAUAGAAGGUGAUGAGUUGACACGGUUGGAAACAAACACGCAAUUGUCAAGAGAUCUUUCACGUAUGAUUACCAACACAGCCGACCUUCUAGAUCAAGACUAUGGUGAGAAAAUUUCUCUUUCCAUGGGUGAAAAUAUACCAUUCCCGCCAAUGCUUCCAGAUAGAAACCCCUACUGUGUUGCAUUCAAUGGUGUUGACGACCCAUACCAUCCGCACAACUAUCCCGUUCGUAGAAAGAUUAUUUAUUGCAUAUCAGUGGGUUUGGCAUCUUUGUCGGUCGCCAUGGGUUCGGCUAUGUUUUCGCAGGGCACUAAUGAAUUGAAAGAGAUUUACCAUAUCGGGACAUCGGUUGCAGCCUUAGCAACUUCGUUGUUUGUGUUUGGGUUUGCUGCUGGUCCUGUUGUGUAUGGUCCCAUGUCGGAGUUGUUCGGAAGAAAGCCAAUCAUGGUUAUUUCAUGUCUUGGAUACGUUAGUUUCCUGUUUGGUGUUGCUACAGCAAAAGACUUGCAAACCAUCAUGUUGUGUCGUUUCUUUGCAGGAUUGGUGGGGAGUGCACCUUUAGUGGUUGCACCAGCAGUAAUGGUUGACAUGUUCAAAGCAAGUGUUAGGGGUCUCGCUGUUGCUGUGUUUGCUUGUAUCUUAUUCGGAGGUCCCAUGGUUGCCCCCAUGUUAGGUGGAUUUGUUGUUAAGAACGAGCAUAUGGGAUAUCGUUGGACAUCAUACAUUUCAGCAUUUAUUGGUUGUUUGGCUCUAUUCUGCUGUACAUUUUUGUUGCAAGAAACUCACCAUCCAGUUUUGCUAGUGAGAAAAGCGGAGUUGUUGAGAAGAAAGACUGGUAACUGGGGUAUUUUUGCUCCCCACGAAGAAGUGUCUCUAAGCUUGAGUGAAAUUGCCAGAAACAACAUAGCAAGACCAUUGAAGUUGCUUUUCACUGAGCCAAUUGUUUUUCUCAUCAGUGUUUACAAUGCCUUUAUAUACGGCAUGCUUUAUGCGUUCUUGACAGUUAUCCCAUUAAUAUUUGGAGGUAGGUACCGUUGGUCGCAAGGUGUUAGUGAGUUGCCAUAUUUGUCUAUGUUGCUUGGUGUAUUGUCUGGUGGAAUCAUCAUCAUUUGGUUUGAGAAAACUUACAAUCGUAAGCUUUUUGAACACGGCAACAAGCCAACGCCAGAGUCAAGAUUACCACCGAUCAUGAUUGGUGGGUUUACUUUUGUUAUUGGUAUCUUUUGGCUCGGGUGGACUGGUGAUUAUGCUGAGCAUGUGCACUGGAUUGUGCCCGUCAUUGGUGCAUUCUUUGUUGGCAAUGGGUUAAUGUUGAUCUUUUUACCCACUAUGAACUAUAUUAUCGAUUGUUAUUUAUAUGUUGCUGCAUCUGCAUUGGCAGGAAACACUUUUAUCAGGUCUGGUUUUGGUGCUGCUUUCCCACUUUUCACCACUCAAAUGUUUACUAACUUGACCAUUAAGUGGGCCGCCACAUUGUUGGGUUGCUUAGGUGCAUUAAUGAUUCCAGUACCAUUUUUGUUUUAUCGAUACGGUGCUUAUAUCAGAAACAAGUCAAAGUAUGCCAUGAAGUAA